AUGCAAAUUCCACAAAAUCAACCAGAAUAUAGACCAAGCAAAUUGACUAGGUACUCAAACUAAACGUGUUAUUCAAUGGAAAAUUGUGAUGUAUUCAACAAUCAAAUGGCGAAUAUGGACAUGAUGAUGGAUUAGAUGACAAUGUUAUAAUAAGUGUUUGAAGUACGAUAUACAUAACAUAAAGAAAAUUAAUUGUAAAAAUUUUACAACAUGCCAAAUCAAGAGCGAAUGUAUUAUAUGAUUGAUAAGGAUUCAGGCAGAAUUUUUGAUAUGAGAAUUCCAGAGUAAGCAAAUGAGAUACAAGACAUUAUGAAUGGCAAUACUGUUUAUGUUAUCAAAGACUAGGCUUGGAAUGACUUUAUGUAUUCACCAUUUCUAAAUAGAUUGCUGAGUAAAAAACUGAAUGAACAUCUGUUGGACUAUGCAGAAUUGGGUGAUGCACAAUCAAUUGAGACAUUGCUAAUCCCAUCCAUGGAUUAUUACCUUGAUAUAGAUACAAAGUACCAUAAUUUGACAUAUCGACUUAGAGGUCUCGAUGAUUGGACAGCUCUGCAUUUCGCAUCAAAUGAAGGGAAUCUGGAGAUUGUGAACAUCCUAUUAAAACAUGGGGCUACAGUUGAUGCCUUAACUAAAUUUCAAAGGAGUCCUUUCUUCUUGACAGUGAUGUAGAAUUUCUUAGAUUGUGCCAAAGUGUUAUUGCAACACAAAGCCAAUAUCAACAUAUAAGACAGGGAUGGCAACACUCCAUUGCACAUAGCAUCCUAAAUGGGAUUAAUUGAAAUGAUUGUGUUUCUAUUGGAGUCAAAGGCUGAUCCAAAUAUAAGAAAUAAUUUCAAUUAAAACUGUAUCUAGAUUUGCUGCGACGCAAUUAGUUUGUAAGUGUAUAUUAAAUAUGGGUAUGCUCAACAUGAAGAAAAUUAUGAGAGAACUAUGAUUCCUGGGACUAAUUUCCUGCUCAGGAAUGGGAGGUAUGAUCACGUAUUAAAAUUGAUGACAAUGGAGAAGUUGGCUGAAGGAGGGAUACCUUAGAAUUCGAAUUCAAGCAGUUCUGUUAAGAAAAUGUCGAAGUUCUAGAAUCUGGCUAAAUUUAUGAAUGUGAGUGUUUUAAAAUAGAGGAUGACACCAAAUAUGUUCAAUUUUUAUCAAUUAUUGGGAAAGGGAUCGUUUGGAGAAGUAUAUUUGGUAGAUAAAAUAGGACAAGAACAAUAAAAACUAUUUGCUAUGAAGAUAUUAAAGAAAGAACGAAUGAUGUCUUAAAAUUUAUUAAGAUAUGCAUAAACUGAAAAGGAAGUGCUGAGUAUAAUGCAUCAUCCAUUCAUAGUGAAAUUGAAUUAUGCAUUUUAGACAGAAUCUAAAUUAUUUUUGGUAAUGGAUUUCUGUCCAGGAGGUGAUCUAUCUAAAUUGCUUGAUAUAAAGAAAAAAUUAUCAGAAGAGGAAGCUAAAAUAUAUGUGGCAGAAAUCCUAUUAGCAAUUGAAUGUUUACACAAAAACAACAUCAUUUUCAGGGACUUGAAACCAGAGAAUGUGGUAUUAGAUUCAGAAGGACAUGCUCUAUUAACAGAUUUUGGAUUGUCCAAAAAAGGAGUCUCGGAGGAAGAAUUAAAUAAAUCAUUUUGUGGUUCACCUGCUUACUUGCCACCAGAGAUAUUAUCUAAAUAGGGACACAACAGAAUGGCAGAUUGGUAUGGAUUAGGAGUAAUGACAUACGAAUUAUUGGUUGGUAUUCCUCCAUAUUAUGCCAAUGAACGUGAACAAUUAUUUGAUAAUAUUAGAAGAGGACCAUUAAAAAUACCAAGAAGCUUGUCUGCUGAAGCUAAAUCAUUUAUUGUUGCUCUUCUAAAUAGAGAUCCGAAUAAAAGAUUGGGAGCUAAUUCAGAUGGUGAAGAAAUUCGAGAACAUCCUUGGUUGGCUAAUAUAAAUUGGAAGGAUUGUUAUGAUAGAAAAUUGAAACCAUCUAGACCAACAGAACAGACUUUCAAUAAUGUACCUUUGAGAAUCAACUUUAUGGAUAUUGAAGAAAAUAAAAAUAAGAUAACUGGAUGGUCAUUCUUUGAAGAAUCAUGA